UUUCUUUUCCGCGAAAAGAAAGUUCAUGAAAUCGACUGCAAAUACUUACUUUUUUAUGUAAAAGGUUCCUCCUUUCGAUUCCUCUCGUUCUUGGUGCCAGCUAGCUUUCCUUCACCUCCGUCAGUUGUCCAGAGGAGGGAGACUUGCAUGUAUAUUCUUAUCUGUAGGAAAGAGACGAGCUUUUUGUUCUUCUAGCCCUUGGGAGAAUGGCGAGGGUGGGAGGGGAAGGGAUGGUGGCGAUUUGGGUUCUCCUGGCCUGCACUUGGGCGUGGAAUCCAGGCUUCGUCAAUGGCGACACGGACAGCAAUGACGCUUCUGCUCUCAGUGUAUUGUUCAGCAGUUUGAACUCGGCAUCCCAGCUGACAGGCUGGAAACAAAGUGGUGGUGAUCCAUGCGGGGAAUCAUGGCUAGGAAUUACGUGCUCUGGCUCUUCGGUUACUGCCAUCAAACUGUCGGGGUUGGGACUUACUGGAACACUUGGCUACAACAUGAACCAAUUGUCUUCACUAACUGAGCUUGAUCUGAGCAAAAAUAAUCUUGGAAACAAAAGUUCGAUACCUUAUAACCUUCCUCCAAAUCUCCACAGGCUAGACCUCAGCAAUAACCAGUAUGGUGGAAGUUUACCUUAUUCAAUCUCCCCGAUGGUCACACUAGAAUAUCUAAAUCUCGCUCACAAUCAACUCCAAGGAAAUCUGGGUGACAUGUUUGGAAGCCUCUCGAAUCUGGCGACAAUAGACCUGUCUUCCAAUUCACUAACAGGUGACCUCCCACAGAGCUUCAGCAGCUUAACAAGUUUGACGAGCCUAUAUUUGGAGAACAACCAGUUCACUGGUCACAUAGAUGUCCUUGCCGGUCUUCCUCUUCAAAAUUUGAACGUUGCAAAUAACCGCUUCACUGGUUGGAUUCCUAACCAGUUAAAGGGGAUAAACAAUCUCCACACUGAGAAUAACCAGUGGAGCUCUGGGCCAGCACCUCCUCCUCCACCUUAUACACCUCCUCCACCAGGUCGAAAAAGCAACGCUGGUCAAAAAUCUGGUGGUAUAGGUGGUGGGGGAAUAGCAGGAAUUAUCAUAUCUAUCUUAAUCGUAGGUGGAAUAAUUGCAUUCUUUGUGAUACGGAGGAAAUCGAGAAAAUAUCCAACAGAAGAAAGUCUUGAACAAGACCGGCCUUUUGCUCAGUUUGCUUCAGAUGAAGUUAAAGAGAUGAAGACGGUCCAAACAUCCUCUAUGUUUGACACAGAAAAGUUGCCACCACCAGCUCCAGUAAGCCUUAAGCCUCCACCAAUUGAUCGUUAUAAAUCAUUCGAUGAAGAUGAGUUCUCAAACAAGCCUAUCGCGAAGAAGGUUAAUACAACAUCCAUAAAAGCAAUUAUUUAUUCUGUAGCUGACCUGCAGAUUGCUACAGACAGUUUUAGUGAAGAUAAUCUUGUUGGUGAAGGCUCUUUUGGUCGUGUUUACAGGGCACAAUUUAGUGAUGGAAAGGUAUUGGCUGUGAAGAAAUUAAACUUAACGGCCCUGCCUAGCAGAUCAUCUGAUGAAUUCAUUGAGAUUGUUGGAAACAUUUCCCGUUUACAUCAUCCGAAUUUGACUGAGCUGGUAGGUUACUGUUCUGAGCAUGGACAGCGACUGUUGGUGUAUGAAUUUCAAAAGAAUGGCGCAUUAUAUGAUCUCCUCCAACUCUCAGACGAACCACUGUCUUGGAAUGAUCGUGUCAAGAUUGCACUUGGCACUGCACGAGCAUUAGAGUAUCUGCAUGAGGUUUGCUCACCAUCGGUCAUUCACAAAAAUUUCAAGUCAUCCAACAUUCUAUUGGACAUGGAACUUAAUCCACACCUGUCAGAUUGUGGGCUCGAAGGUCUUGUUCCCAAUGCAGAAUUCCAGGCAUCUGAACUAAAUAUGGGUUACAGUGCACCUGAGGUUGCCAUGUCUGGCCAGUAUACUAUGAAGAGUGAUGUGUACAGUUUCGGAGUGGUCAUGCUGGAGCUCAUGACUGGCAGGAAACCUUUUGACAGCUCAAGGCCACGAUCUGAGCAGUCCUUGGUUCAGUGGGCGACUCCUCAGCUCCAUGACAUUGAUGCCCUGGACAGGAUGGUUGAUCCUGCUCUCAAGGGGCUGUACCCUGCAAAAUCGCUCUCUCGAUUUGCUGAUGUAAUUGCCCUCUGUGUUCAGUCUGAGCCAGAAUUCAGACCACCCAUGUCCGAGGUCGUGCAAGCCCUAGUUCGUCUGGUCAAGAGGGUCAAGAUGAACAACAGAAUGGCUGGGGGAGAUGGACAAGAGACUAGCAGACGAGCCGGCGAUCAGGAUGACUACAUGUUCUAAUUACAUGGAUUUGUUAGUUCAUUUAUGUGAAAAAGUUGAUGUAAUUCCAGACUUUGGUGUAUCACCCUUUCAACCCUGUCUCACAGUUCAUAUCAUGGCUAUGAUGCCCAACACUUUCGUAGUGAAUCUGAAGAACAGUAUUCUUUGACUCAUAAAAGAACAGAUGAUUGAUAAUAAACAGAUUGCUGUUUCCUAUC